AAUGAGAGCGUCUCCGUCGUAGCACGCUUGACACAUUCAGUCAAACGACGUUCGCGGCGCUACGUAAAUAAUUCUAUGCACGAUGUUUUUGCCCCUAAGAACAUUGAGGAAUUGUUAGCUUCUAACUUUUAUCCCAUAAUCUUUGUCGACUAUGUCACGUUUAGGACAAAUGACUGUUGGUCCAACGAUGUUUGAAGUGUUUACAUGUGGUUAGCAACUUUCAAGUUAGAACAAACUGUUAAAGUGUGAAAAUGUCAACGUUUGUAAGCUUCUGAUCGCCAAGACUAAAACCCGUAAGGUAUGUCGAGUUUGGAGAGUGAUGGGGAUGUCGCGGCUUACUGUUUGCCUGGUGGACAAGAAUUCCAACGUGUUUACGUGAAGAUUCAUGGCUAUAUAGCCUUACUAAUUUGCCUUCUCGGAUCUAUCGCAAACUCCGUCAACAUCGCUGUACUAAGCCGCAAGGAAAUGAUUUCAUCGACGAAUUCCAUCCUAACAGCGCUCGCUGUUGCAGAUCUAUUAGUUAUGCUAGACUACGUCCCCUUUGCGCUGCACAUCUACAUCAAAAUUGGUGCAAAUCUUAAUAGGAAUUCUUACGCUUGGGCGGUGUUCGUGUAUUUUCACUCGAUUUUCAGUCAGACAUUUCACACUAUUUCCAUAUGGCUGACCAUUACGCUUGCAGUCUGGAGAUACAUAGCUAUAAAGUUUCCCCAGAAGAAUAGAACUCUAUGCAACAAGCGAAAUACAAAUAUUGCAAUUGGAUUUGCAUAUGUAGUGUGUCCAAUCGUGUGCCUUCCAAUUUAUUUUGCAAUGCACAUACAAGAGGUACCAGCGACGAAUAGAGAGUCGAAUGCAACGAUAAAUGCAUCUAUACACCAAAACGAAUCUUCAAUAAGAGAACCUGUCUAUGCAUUAACUAUGACAAAUAAUAAAGAAUUGUUGACAGCUAUAUUUUGGAUAUACAGUGUAUUUCUAAAACUUAUACCCUGUAUAGUCUUGUCAAUUUUUAGUUUUUGUUUGAUAUUGAAAAUGAAAUCUAGCGACAAGAGAAGACAAAAGCUUUUGAAUAAAUCGGCAAUUACAGCAACAGAGGGUGAAAAAGGCCGACUACACGAAGAUGGUAAGCGUGGUGGAAGUCGCACAGACCGCACUACCCGGAUGUUGGUCGCUUUAUUGGGCCUUUUCCUAGCCACGGAAUUGCCACAGGCUCUGUUUGGUCUACUGACAGCUAUUGCUCCACAAUUGUUUGAAAUUUGCUAUUAUGCUUUUGGUGAAGUAAUGGAUUUGAUGGCGUUGGUGGGAUCAGCUGUUAACUUUGUGCUGUACUGCAGCAUGAGCCGCCAAUUCAGGUGCACGUUCACCCGUCUGGCUCGUAAACUACUUCCGCUUCCUGCUCGGGCUGAGAGCGAACCCCUGACUACAACAUCUACGGUGAAAGCGUAGCGAGUGCGUAGCGCAGCUACGACAGCUGCUCAGCUUUGAUAACAAUUUAGUGCUACUGUUACAGUCAAUUAUGGUGAACGACAGCUUUCGAAUCGCACUUUACUUUUGAAAGUUUAAGUAAAUUUAAAUGAAAUAAAUGAAAUGAAUAUAAUGUAAAUGAUUUAGUUGGAUUAAUAUUUAAGGAUGCAAAAGAAACUAUUGUUUCCUUACAUAGAGUGUCAGUCUAGGUUAAAACUUAAAAGUGCAUAUUAAAGGCAUGAACCGGGAAAGAUGAAAACCUAAAUUUUUGCUAUACUUCCUCUCGUGAAAUCCUUUCCUCCGGGACGUGUCCUUCAACAUGUUUUAUACAAAGUAAACUCCUGCCAUGAGUCCAUUAAAAAAGGUCUCUUUUGUUUUUUGUGAAUAAAACUGAAAUGAAAUUCCGCGUUACUAUGUCAAAUGGUAAUGAUUACGUAGUCAUUAUUAUAUUUGUAAAUGCCAUAUUUAUCUGUGUUCUAAAAAUACUUUGUAUAUUCAGUAAUUGAAAGCCAUUUUCUUCAGACUUUUUUUGCAGUUAAAUUAUAUAUGGAAUCUUUUUGGCUUACAAUUCUAUUUUUAAUGUUGACAGUAAGCCCUCUGACUACGUGAUGAAUGUAUGUAUAUAUGUUGCCAUAAACCUCAAUGUUACUACGGAAUACUUAUCGAAAUAUUUCUAAACUUUAGUACGUCAUUUUAGGUUUAACUAUGUAAAAAUAACGAUGUUAAUUAUUGUAUUGAUGGAUAUUAUAAUUAUAGGUCAUGGAAUGUUAAGUGUAAUUGAUGUUUAAAUAAAACGUAAAAUUCAUAAUGUAAAUGAAUAUUAGGCCAUAUAUCUAAUUGUUGUAAUUAGGACCACUAUAGAAUUUAUUUUAAAUAGGAGAUAUAUAUUUAAUACGGCACAAAAGGAAGGAAGGAAACAAAAGUAGAUUAGAUUAACUUUGCCAUCGGUAGCUGAAACUAACUGACGAGAUGUUGGUUGGCUAUUCCGUUGAGACACAAUGAGUCCUAUCGCAAAAGUAAACACAAGGUUCGGUUUGUUAAUAGAAAAUUAGUGACGGAUGAGUGAGUUACGAACACAAACACUUCGUUGUGAAAUUAUUAUAUGCCAGUAUAUACUAUCCCAAGAUCAAGAUACAGAUACAAUAUUAUUACGAGGUGUCGCAAUAUACUAAUUAUUUAGGUUAUAAGUGUAUUAUGUUUAAUAUAUUUCUGUAUACGGUAAGACAAAAGUAUGUCAUGAAAUUAAAACAGUCAGAUGUUCGAACAUUCGAAAACAUUUUGAAACUUAUUUGAAUUGAUAAAAAAUUCUGUAGACCAUGUAUCCCCAAGAAAACUUAUGUAUAUUUUUUUCUUAAAUUAGCGCAGUUUAGAAGACGGGGCACAUCAAAUUAGUAAUAUUUUGCAAAGUGGUUUUUUGUUUCUUUAGUUGACGUUUUUUAAUUGUUUAAAAACUAUUACUCGUUAAAGUCAUCAAUUAGCAAACUUCGCUAUGAGUAGGGUGUAUAAUUUAGGGCAUCCUCGACGAUAGACAUUGUUAUAAUAACCCAAAUCACUUUGUCUGCGUGUCACGACGUUGUCAUUCGAGAUAAGGUAGGGUUCAUAUAGCUGACUAACCUUUUCAUACUUACUAGUGACAAUAGCGUACAAUUUGAAUAUAUAUUUAAAUAUCGUGAAAAUUAUGUUAGCAUGUGGUUUUCUUAAGUGAAAAAAAUAUACUAAUUUCGUAAAGUAAAUGUAACAUACGAGCCGUUUGUCCAAAAGAAAUAAACUUGAUUAAAAAUACUACGCACAAUUACUGCGUAUUAGGCGUAUUAGCAACGUAGCGAAAUGCGAUAAAGCUACAAGAUACACAUUAUAGUAGUAUCUCUACGCCAUAGCCCAAUUGUCACAACAUAUUUCUAUCUGCCGCUUAAGGAAAUAUAUAAUGCGUUUAGCGUGUCCGAUCACGUAAAUAUCUAUUAUUCUAUGGCUGAACUUGAUUCAAUAACACUUUAAUGUCCGACGUGAAACAAUACGCGCAAGUAAAACAAAAGAUGUCUUGAGAUAUAUGAGAAUUCUGAUCAUUAAUCCGCUUACGUAUUGUUCGACUGAGGGUUACUCUGAAACAAGAGUCGAAUUCGUGUGUCACUCUUUGUUAUAUUAUUGACAAAGGAAGCAGAAUGCGUCAUUCAUUUUGAUAAUUAAAAUUACUACAUAAGUUCUCUUUGUUGAGAUAAAAUCAAACAAAAUUAUUUCUUUUCAUUAAAUUCGCUUUGUUCAAGAUUUAAUUUCCGUUUCUCCGGAAUCAUUUACCGUAGCGUUUGAUAUCAUAUAAAAGGAUUUCGGAUUACAUAGAUUUGACAUGUAUUUAACCAGGACUGUUGGUACAAAGGUUUAUUCUCUUAACCAUUUCCUUUCAAUUAGAGAGAUAAAAGCAUUCCAGUCAAAUUUUUACACUGGAAUUUUUUAAUCUCUCUAAUUCUCUGGAAACUUUCAUUACAAGAAGAAUUUAUAUCACUACAUCAAUGUUUUAAACAAAUUAUGCCAAAAUGUUGUGAGUUCUUAAAGGUUAAAAUUACAUCUUGUUUUGUCGCGAUGUUUUUUGCAAUUAAAAAAAAAAUAAUUUUAUCUAAUAUCAAUUCUUUAUCUAAAAUUAAAAUAAAUUAUCUAAAAUAAAAUUUGCUUACUAACUCAUAUCUAACUACUAUUACCAGAGUUACAAAAUAUAUCUAUCCAAUUAUCCUGCCCAUACGUUUCUCGAUACAGGUCUUAUUAUUUUUGACAUCUUACCUUGACGACCUCAUUUAUCCUGUCGAUAAGUAUCUGCGUCUAAUCACCUCCGAGGACUCGACCCACCCAGCUGUGCCCAAACUGUCAAGUCGAGGUGUUAUUUAUUUAAUUUUAAUAUUGUUUAUUUCAAGUUUGUUCUACCACUAACAAUGUUGUUCAAUAAAUUAUCUUCAGUGGUUGAUAAAUUUUUAUUUUAUUUAUUAACACUUCGUUGCAUUACAUAAAAGGAAAAUAUUAAACAUAAUUGAAUGACAAGCAACUGGCGGCCUUAUCGCUUU